AUGCCUCUGAGUACCCCGCAUAUCAACAAGGAUGCAGUCAAAACGCUGCGGAAACCGGGAACGCAGGUGGCUGUCGCCGCGCUCCCGGAUGACUUAGCCGCCAAGGCGCUGAAACUCGGUCACAUAAGGAUUAGCUGGGUCAACUGCCGCAUCCGUGGUCGCGAGGAUACCCUACGCUGCUAUCGCUGCUGGAGCCCCGGCCACAUCUCGGCUCGCUGUAAGGGACCUGAACGGUCGGCGCACUGUUUCCGCUGCGGACCAACAGGCCAUCGGAGAAAGGACUGCAAGAUCGAACAAUCCAACGUGCGUCUUUUGCCACGAGCAAGGCGCUGUCCACGACCAUGCGUCCACAAGCCAGUACUGCCCAUUCGCACAGAAGACAAACCAAGCCCGCCGAUAAACGAGCUCGGUGCACCAGCCCAGCCUCUCCCCGCGAAGUAA